AUGAAAAACCAUGUGGAACUUCAAAUCGAUUCAGCAAAACAAGCAUCAAAGGCUGACGAAAAGCUGCACAAAAUUCGUGUAGAAUGUUCGUGCUUGAAAUUGGUUCUAGAACAGAAGAGUCAAGAUUAUGGUGCGCCAAACUGCUGGAAUUGUGAAGAAAGAGGACAUCUUCGACGAGAUUGUAAGAAACGCCCUAGAAACAAUUACUGUCAUCAUUGUGCCGCAACAUGGCAUAAACGAUUAAAGGGUGACCCCGCGGAACGAAUGACUGCCUCAAACAAGGAGGCGGGAAACUAUUUGAAAGCCAAUUUCGUAUGGUCGUAG